UUCAAAGCAGAUUUGCAUCACUAUCUGUGAUGUAAAAUAGAGGGGAAAUAUCUUCAUCGGAUUGGGUGAAGUUUUCUAGAACCACCAAUGGGCGGAGUCUGGGGUGUUUUUCAAGAAGUGAUUGAACGUCUUCACAAGUAGAUGAUCUUCACUCUGCGAUCGGGUUGUAAGCGGGUGCAAAUAGAAAAUUGAAUUUCGGGUGUAAAAUAGGUUUUUAGAAGAAGAGAACCCGCAGUCCAGUUUUCCCCACUUCACACUUGGAUGCAGGAAACGUCCCUGGGCGGAUUCUCUUAAAAUUGAAUUUUCCCCCCGUGUGUUGUAAGAAAGAGUAAAAUGGGAUCGCAGCUAUCGAAGGGAGGAGUGGCGCUGGAUGGAGAGGCAGCAGCCUCUGCAGACGGGAACGCAGCCAAAAGUAAUGGCCAGGAGAAUGGUUAUGUCAAGACUAAUGGCAAUGCUAAAAGUAGUGGUGAUGCUGCUGCCACCAGUGACUCUACUGAAGAAGGGAAGGAGCCAGAGAGCGCAGCUGGGGAUGCCAUGAUCGAACCUGCACCUGCUGCUGAGGGCGAGGCUGCUAAGCUGGAUGGCGAGGCCACCAAAGAGACGGCCAAGAAGAAGAAGAAGUUCUCUCUGAAGAAUUCAUUUAAGUUCAAGGGACUCUCCCUGAAGAAGAGCAAGAAAGGCAGUGAACAGCCCAAGGAGGAGGCAGCAGUGUUUCCAUUAGCUGAGGAAAAUGCCAUGCCCAGCAAGGACAAGGUUGAGGAGGUGCUGGCUGAGGAGACUGUUCAGGUUGAGGACAAGCCUUCUAAAGAAGAGGAAGAGCCUGUCCUGCCUGAGGAAGGCACUAUUGAGACCACAAAGCCAGCAGAGGAGGUCAGCUUAACACAGGUGCCUUCUGAGCAGAGGGAGGAAUGAUUGCCUCCGCAGCCCAUGGGACUUGUUUUCAAGAAGACAAAAUAAAUAAAUAAAUGUACAUAUAUACAUACAUAUGUGUGUGUAUAUGUAUGUACAUG